AUGACUCAUAUGUUUUUGCUGUACUGCUUAGUGUUUCUUGUGCCCACAGAGUCCUGCAGGACAUUAUGCCAGGAUGCCAGAAAAAGCAAAGAGAAGGUAUCUGCUGGAGCACAUGGUGCAUGCUAUGGUGUCUGUGUGGACAAUUCCAACUGCACUCAACCUUGCCCCCCUGACACUCCAGGAAAUAUGGGGUUUGUAUGUAGGCAAAAGAAAUGGUACAAGAUCACUGAUACCUGCCGGACUCUUACAGCCUCUAACAUCUUUGAGGAGGAUCUACCUACACUGGCAGCACCUCCAACAAGGAUAAAAAUAAAUGAAUAUGCCAAAUCUGAGGCCAUUGCAGAUAUGCUGUUGCAGAGAUGUCCGAGGGAUUUGUCCUGUGUCAUUACGAACAUUCAACGUUCUCCUCGGAUACCAGGCAACAUUGCUGUCAUUGUGCAGCUCCUACACAACAUAUCAACAGCAGAGCUACCGACAAAUGUGGAUGAAACAAAGAUGCAGAGUUACAGCAUCAUGGCCAACCACAUCCUUGACAGCAAAAGCAUCUCAAACUGGACUUUUAUCCCUGAAAAAAACAGCAGCUGUGUGCUGCUACACUCGGUCAAUACCUUUGCAAGAAGGCUACUUAUAAAUAAACAUCCUAUUGACAUACCGGAUGAAUUCAUUCAUACGAUGGGCACCAUCAUAUCUGGAGAUAACAAUGUAAAGAAUUUAACUUUCUCAAUGAGAGUUAAUGACACCUCCAGUAAUGUCACUGGGAGGGUGCUGAUCAGCAGAGAUGAAGUUCAGAAGAUACGUUUCCCUUCUCAGGUCAUCAGCAUUGCAUUUCCAACUCUUGGAGCCAUCUUAAAAGCCAGUAUUUUGGAAAAGGACACUGUGAAUGGGCUUGUCCUGUCUGUCAUUUUGCCCAAGGAACUUAAAAGAAUCUCAUUCCUUUUUGAAAAGAUCAAGAAUUCUGAGGGGAGGGGGACACAGUGUGUUGGCUGGCACUCCUUAGAGAGCAGAUGGGACCAGCAUGCUUGUCAGAUGAUUCAAGAAAACUCCCAGCAAGCUGUUUGCAAAUGUAGACCAAGCAGGGUGUUUACCUCAUUCUCCAUUCUUAUGGCACCACACACCUUGGAGAGUCCCAUCUUGGUUUACAUCACGUACAUAGGCCUGGGCAUUUCCAUCUGCAGCUUGAUCCUUUGCUUGUCCAUUGAGGCCUUGGUCUGGAGCCGAGUGACGAAGACAGAGAUCUCAUAUUUACGCCACCUGUGUAUUGCUAAUGUGGCAGCCACCUUGCUGAUGGCUGAUGUGUGGUUCGUUGUGGCUUCCUUUCUUAGUGGUCCAACAGCACACCACAAUGGAUGUGUGGCAGCAACAUUUUUUGUUCACUUAUUUUACCUUUCUGUGUUUUUCUGGAUGCUUGCUAAGGCACUUCUUAUCCUCUAUGGAAUCCUGAUUGUUUUCCAUACACUGCCCAAGUCAGUCCUGGUGGCGUCUCUCUUUUCAGUGGGCUAUGGAUGCCCUUUGGUCAUUGCUGUCAUCACAGUUGCUGCCACUGAGCCUGGCAAAGGCUACCUACGGCCUGAGGCCUGCUGGCUCAACUGGGACAUGACCAAGGCCCUCCUGGCCUUUGUGGUCCCAGCUGUGGUCAUUGUGGUAGUAAACCUGAUCACAGUGACAGUGGUGAUCGUCAAAACCCAGCGACCUGCCAUUGGUAGUUCCAUGUUCCAGGAGGUGAGAGCCAUUGUGAGAAUCAGUAAGAAUAUCGCCAUCCUCACACCACUGCUGGGUCUGACCUGGGGAUUCGGAAUAGCCACAGUCAUCGACGACACCUCCCUGGUCUUCCACAUUCUCUUCUCCUUGCUCAAUGCAUUCCAGGGCUUCUUCAUCUUGGUGUUUGGAACAAUCCUGGAUCCAAAGAUAAGAGAAGCUUUGAAGGAUCGAAUAACCUCUGCAAAAUGGAUCUCCAGAAUAUCAGAGAACCUUUCUUCCGAAUACUCCUGUCACCCCGCCAAAGGGCCGAGCUAACAAACCAGCCUACU